AUGAGGGUAUCUAUAACAGAACAUGAGGAAUUGGAAGGCUUGUCGCUUGAAAAGAAGAGUGCUAGUGACAAGACUGGAGAUGCUCCUUUUCAACAGGGUUCCAAAAGAGAAAAGAGCAAGCUCAUCAAGAAUAACGAACAAGCGAUUAAGGAGUAUAGAACUAGCUUUGAGGGGGAGAGCUUCGUACAGAGAGCCAAGAGUCGAGGCAUGUCAAUGUUGACCAAACCUGUGCAACUGAAAAAUAUAGUUGGAGAACAGCUUGAUGCCUCGUCGGAAUUCGUCCCUCCCGUUUUCGCAAAGAGUGACGAGGAGGUUACAGCUAUCCAAAGCAGAAUCGUAGGCAGCAUCUUUUUCAAUGAUCUUGCAGAACAGGAAGAACGAGUACUCAUUGACGCAUUCGAACCAGUGACAAUGGCUGAAGGUGACAUUGUCAUAAGAGAAGGUGACAAGGGCGAUUAUUUUUACGUUAUUUUAGAAGGAAAAGUGACAUUUCUUGUGAAAGAAAAGAUCGUCGGGGAUUCUAAAGGUGGUUCCCAAUGCUUUGGAGAGCUUGCCUUGCUCUAUACAUCCCCUCGCGCAGCUACAGUACGAUGCGACUCUAGCCCCACCAAAAUGUUUCGAGUCGACCAAAAAACGUUUCGGUCGUUGCUACAAAAACAAAGUCAGGCCAAAGAAAGCGAAAAGAUGGGAUUGCUUCGAUCGAUUGACUUUUUUACAGACAUCGACGACAGAAGAGACUUGAAGAGAUUGAGUGCUGCAAUGAAACCCCGUGCCAUUUCUCCAGGCGAUCAGUUGACGAAGGCUGGUAUCCCCCUUGAUGUUUUCUAUAUAGUAGUGGAAGGCGAGCUAGAAGUCACCAACGUUACCUUUGGAACAACCAGGUUUGAAGACGUAAAAGUUACGAAGGGAUCUUACUUUGGGGAACGAGUGCUGUCUUCAGAUGAGCCCAUAUCCGCGAAUAUCACGGUCACCAAGGCUGGUAUGGUGUUUUACAUUGACAAACCAUCCUUCGAGAAAGUCAUGGGUCAAUUUUCCCGAGUCGUUCUGAGGGCACAAUAUAAAAGCGUUUUAGAAGAGGUCGAUUUACUCAUUGGGGCCAAAUUAAGUACAAUACAGUUUGAAGAUCUUGCUGAUUAUGUGGUCGACAAAGAGUUUAAGGCGGACGAAGUCAUCUUUUGUGAUGAAGAAGACACGGAAGCAGCGAUGUACAUCAUAAGGCGAGGAUCGGUCAAACUAACUGGGGAAGGCAUCCACGACAUCGUCAAGUCAGGGGGUUAUUUUGGGGAAUCGUUGUUGCUUCUUGACAAUAGGCAAGGGUCGAUGCCGAAAGGAAAGCUGACUCCUAGGUUUUCUGCAAAAGCGUUGGAACAGUGUCAUUGUGGGGUGUUGUACUUAUCCAAUUGCCGGUUCGUUUUUGACACGGGGACAAUUCCGGACCUACAUGGGGAAAACAGGUAUUAUCUAGACAACGUGGGGCUAACUGAUAGUGACGACGACGAUGAGGGUUUGUUUGGGGCUGCGCCAUCGUCGCUUACUCGUGAAACAACAAAACAAUGGCUUAGGAAUACCUCCAGUGAUUUAUUGCGAUCAGUAGUGAAGACAAAUGUUCAGCUAGCUGACUUGGAAAAGCAUUCCGUUUUGGGCGAAGGCCAAUUUGGUGAAGUUUGGCUUGUUUCCGCAGAUCUCUCAGAUCCUCAUAGCAAACAAUUCUUUGCCUUGAAGAGUCAACAUAAGGAGGACGAUAGCAGAGGUGAUUCAAUCGACUUCAUUAGACGUGAGAUUGACAUUCUUCAAGCUGUGGAUCAUCCCUUUCUCAUCACCUACGUACAUGAAUACGAUGAUCCAGACAAAAUUUACAUUCUGAUGCGGCUGGUCUAUGGUGGGGAGCUGUUUGAUGUCAUUCACUACAAAACCGAGAAUGGCAAGUGGAGUUCAGGAAUUCCAGAAGACCAUGCAAAGUUCUAUGCGAUGAUGAUUGCAGAUACGCUAGAGUACAUGCAUCGCAAGCAGUUUGUGUAUCGUGACAUGAAAGCAGAAAACGUUUUAAUUGAUAGAGACGGAUAUCCAGUGAUUUGCGAUUUUGGAUUUGCAAAAUAUGUCGAGGACUUGACGUAUACAAUGUGUGGUACUCCAAACUUUCUCUCCCCUGAGGCGAUCCUGCAGAAAGGCCACAACCACAGCACAGAUCAUUGGGCGCUAGGAGUAUUGAUCUAUGAAAUGAUAGCUGGUGAAAAUCCCUUUUUCUACGACGGUAUGCCGCAAAUGGAACUAUUUGAAGCUAUUCUACAAGACAGAUAUUAUCCUCUACCAGAUGAAGUGAGCGAUGAUGCCUUUGAGGUUGUUGAUGAACUUCUAGUGAAGGAUCCCACGCAACGGCUUGGUUCUCUGGCUGGUGGAGGAAAAGAUAUUAUCAACAAAGCAUGGUUCCGCGACUUAGAUUUAGUUGAGAUGAGACAGAAGAGGCAUAGAGCACCCUUCAUACCUCACAACAAAGAGCUAGAUGAAAAACUCAACAAAGCGGCGUCAUCAGCGCCGCCAAAAGAACGUCAAAGCGCAUCUCAUUCAGAAUUACCGGUCCCAGGCCCACCAGCAACUAUCACUACUUUCACUGACGGAGGCACUGUUAAAUUUGGAAAUGUUCGGAAGAAACGAGUGGAUUCUCUAUUGAAUGACUGCGAUAGUGACAGUGAUAGCGAUUAA